UAUUAUUGUAUGAGUAAUCCAGAACUAUCAGAGGAGAAUAGACCCCCUAAGCUAUUAUUAGUUUUGAGUAAAUGUUCUGAGUUUAGUGAAAUUGAUUUAGAGAACAAGCAGUCACCAAAAAUACCAAAAUUAAGAAAAUUGUAAAAUCUAUUUAAUUCUACAUAAGAAAUUCAGCUGUUGAUUAUAAUGAUUAAUUACAUUAAGUGAUCAAUAAAUAAAUAGAUAUAGAUUUUUAAAAAGUAGAGAGUCCUAAAUAUGAAAGUACAAAAUGGUAACCAUGUAGUUGUAAUAAAACAAAUUGUCUUAAAAUGUAUUGCUCUUGUUUUCAUAAUGGUUAAACUUGUAUAGAAUCCUGCAAGUGUGAAAAUUGUUUAAAUACAUCUAAUUAUAUUCAUUAAAGAGAUUUGGCAGUAGAAUAUAUUAAGAAAAAAGCUCAUAGAAACAAAAAAGUGUAAAAGGAAAAACUAUUUGAAACAAAAGAAAUUUGGGGAUGUAAUUGUAAAAAAACUAGAUGCUUAAAAAGAUAUUGUGAAUGCUAUAUCAGAUAGAAAAAAUGCACUGUUGAAUGUAAUUGUAACCAUUGUGAAAAUGGAAAAGAUGAGGACUUGUACAAAGAAAUAAAAAGGUAAAAUGAAUAACCUAAAUAAUCAAGAAGAUAAAGAUCUUGGCGUUUGUAUAACAAUUGA